CGCUUGUCUCUCCCCAGCGCUCCGUAAGCUCUCGAACACCUAACCCUAACCCUAUAUUUCGAUCCCAAGAACCCUCAGAGGCGGCUACCAUGGAGGGCCUCUGCUUGCAUUCCUGAGGUGACACGGGGAUUCUCCCCUCGUUCUUCUCUGUACGCUGUUCUGCACGCUUCUUUCGUCUUCUUUUCCAGCUAGGGUUUUGGGGGAUUGAGGGUCUAUUGAUCAAGCUUGCUUUUUUCUUAAAAAGCUUGUUCCUUUUCUUCUUUUUUUGUACUCUUGUGCCGGUUCGGACGUGGUACGGAGUGCUCGCGGCGGAUCUCCAUGGACUUUGGGGACUGGCAUUGCGGUUUUCGUCUCUGUACCUUUGAAAGAAGUGUGCUUUAGGGUUAGUUUUCCUUUUUCCCCCCUUUUUUCCCUGCCGGCUUUUAACUGGGAGUGUUCUCUUUUUUGGUUUAGGAAGUAAGGGGUUAAUGACGUUUUGGCGGUAAAACGAAUCUAUAUAGCUCAAGACAGGUUAGGGCGCCUCAGGGGAUCAUUUUCCCCUUUUCAUCUCUAGGCUUUGAGGUAGUUAUAUAAAAAAAGGCUCUAUGGAUAGAAUAAUUCUUUAACCUUGGAAAAGAUCCGAUCUUUGAAGCGGAUGCUCUAGGUCUUGGUUUUUAUAUUCAUUUAACAGUGGAAGAUUGAAGACGUAGUUUUCUUAAGUUUUGGAUUUGACGGAAAAACAUAACUUUAUGAAGUGGAACAAAGUCAGAAAUAUUUCAAAUUUUGUAAUCUUGGACGAAGUUACAACUCAGAUGUAAUAGCCCUCUUUAUCAUGGAUGAUUCCUGGGUUAGGUUUUUCAGUCUAAGAAGAAAUAUCCCGUUUCAGAAUAAAAUGAGAUCUAGACCUUUUGUAGGCUAAGAUCUUCGAGGCAGGAAUUGGAAGGCAUGUGGCUAUCAAGAAAAGGAAGGAAUUGGAUAUUGAGGACAAGUCUCCAGAGAAUCGUAAGCUGUCCUUUCCUGAUGAAGUUUUGGAACGUGUUCUAAUCUUUGUUAAGUCUCACAUGGACCGCAGUGCCGUUUCUCUGGUUUGCAAAGAUGGGUACCAUGCUGAGCGAUGGAGCCGGACGCAUAUAUUUAUUGGGAACUGCUACUCUGUGUCUCUGGAGAUGGUAGCUCGUAGAUUUCCAAACAUCCGGAGUGUCACUUUGAAGGGGAAGCCCCGGUUCUAUGACUUCAACCUUGUUCCACCAAAUUGGGGGGCUGACAUCCAUUCAUGGCUUGUAGUUUUUGCUUCAGCAUAUCCUUUUCUUGAGGAGCUCCGUCUUAAAAGGAUGACUGUUACAGACGAGAGCCUUGAUUUCUUGGCACGAUCUUUUCCUGGUUUUAAAGCUCUUUCCCUUGUCAGUUGUGAUGGGUCCAGCACUGAUGGUCUUGCCUGCACUGCAACCUACUGCACGAACUUGACUGAGCUUGACAUACAGGAGAGUGGGAUUGAAGACCUUGGUGGGAGCUGGUUAAGUUGCUUUCCUGAAAGCUUCACAUCAUUGGAAGCACUUAAUUUUGCAAAUCUGCAUUCUGAAGUAAAUUUUGAUGCCUUGGAGAGACUAGCAGCAAGGUGCAAGUCAUUAAAAGUAUUAAAACUAAAUAAACAUGUCACAUUGGAGCAGCUUCGGAGGCUGCUUAUGAGAGCUCCUCAGCUUGCAGAACUUGGAACUGGUUCAUUUUCACAAGAUCACAAACUCCAAUCACAUGCAGAGCUGGAAAGUCCACUCAGCCACUGCAAGAACUUGGACACUCUUUCAGGCUUGUGGGUAGUUUCCUCCACAUGUCUACCAGCAUUAUAUCCUGCCUGCACAAAUUUAACUUUCUUGAAUUUGAGCUAUGCAGCUCUGCGCAGUUCAGAACUGGCAAAACUUCUGCCAAAUUGUCCUCUUCCAACUGUGGAUAUAGAUGAUAAAUUACUCUACCGUACCAAUCUUGCAGCCUUCCUUCUCUGUACUCCAGCCCUCAAAUGUUCUACAUACUGUAGAAGACAAAGGGUUAGAAGCUGUGGCAUCCAGCUGUCAUCUGCUAGAAGAACUCCUAGUGUUUCCAGCAGACCCAUUUGAUCAGGAAGUUAUAUUGGAAGGUGGUGGCAGUGGUGUCACUGAAUCUGGAAUUGUUUCUGUUUCAGAGGGCUGCUGCAAUCUUCACUAUGUUCUCUACUUUUGAUGUCAUAUGACAAAUGCUGCAGUGGCAACUGUCAUACGCAACUGCCCUAACUUCACCCACUUCCGUCUCUGUAUGAUGAACAUGCGCCAGCCUGACUACUUGACCAAUCAACCCUUGAAUGAAGCCUUUGGUGCUGUUGUAAAGACUUGCAGUGAACUUUGUAGGCUUGCUGUUUCAGGGCUUUUGACUGACCGGGCCUUUUGAGUAUAUCGGUACCUAUGGCAAGAACCUUGAGACCCUGUCAGUGGCUUUUGCAGGCAGCAGUGAUCGGGGCAUGCAAUAUGUUCUAGAGGGAUGCCCUAAGCUGCGGAAGCUGGAAAUAAGAGUGUCCUUUUGGGAAUGCAUUAUUGCACUCAGGGCUUCAGAGGUACGAGUCCAUGAGGUCACUUUGGAUAUCCGCUUGCAACUUGACAGUGAAUGGAUGUCAACUCCUAGGAAGGGAGAUGCCAAGGUUGAAUGUGGAGGUUAUCAAGGAGGAUGAGAAUGAUGACAUGCAUGCUCAGAAGGUUUAUGUAUACCGGUCGGUUGCUGGGCCUAGGAGGGAUGCCCCUCCCUUUGUUCUCACUCUCCGAUGAUCAUCCGAUUCUUGGUUUUGCAAUGAAGGUCUAUAACAAAACAACCACACAGGUGAAUGGAAGAUCAGAAUUGAGGACUGCAUAUAUAAUUCUUUGUGAUAACAAUUUCUUCCGGUUACACACCAAGCCCUAAACAAACAGCAGAUGCUAGGAGAUAAAUCGAGGAGUUCUCAUGCUUUCACUGUAUCAGUGGCUGAUAACUGAGCUCUAUCUGAUUCAGGAGCCACUCCACCCCUGAAGAGCAAGAUAGCAAGGCUUCCUAUGCUGAAGUAGAUGAAACAGCCAGAGUGGUGCGUCACAAAAGAACCAAAGUCAGUCCCCACAAUACAUUGCCACCCUGGGCCAUAUGACCUGUCAAAUUCCUGCAGCCAUGCAACCCGAUUUAUAAUAGGAAAAAGAACAAAGAAAAGGAAAUUGUUCAGUUUCUGUUAUUUCUUUUCUUCCUCAGUGAUGAUGAACAUGUACCUUCUUGAUGAAAUGAGCUAUCUGAGUGGAGUUUGUGGCAUCAAAUUCAUCCAGGGCCUUCCCAGCCAAGCGGAGUGCAUCUUGCUGCAUGGUCUCCAGCAUGUCAGCCUCUCCUAUCACUGCCUGUCUUUCCAUCAUUGCUGAUUGUGAGCCUGUUGGAAUCAGGGAGGAUGAGCACACUGAGAACUCUGAUGCCAGUGCUGGUUUCCUGACAAAGAAAGAAUGGAUUACUGAGUGUGGAUGAAGGGAAGGGGUGCUUUGGAUUGGAUUAUGGAUGCGAGAGGGAAGUGACAGCAGUGGGUGCUGGCGGACAGGCCACGUCAAUCAAGUAGCAGGCUUGUGGCCACGAGCUGAUGUCCUGGAAUAUACUAGGAGCACUCGAGCUGCUGGAGAUAUGAUGGGCCACCAGCAUGUGUGGACUAAUGGUGGGAACAGACUGGUGCUUGGCAGGUGGCACUGGAUUUGUGGUUGGAUCAGGCACAUGCUGGUCAGUGCCGGCUUCCUCCUCUUCUGGUGCAUUGUUCUCCUUGCCCUGCACUGGCGCAUCCAUCUUCUAUCCUUAUGGGAGAGAUCAGGCUGCAGAGUGAGCCAGAACCUCCAAAAUUCCAAGAGAACUUGGCGACCAAAGCUGCACGAAGAUGGUUCCAUCUCCAUGAAGCCAGAGAUGAAAGAAAGGGAGGAAGAUAUUAGUCUCUGCCAAGCACCGGAGCUCUUAGAUUCUUUAAUCUUCUCUUCCUACUCCAUCCAAUUCUUCCCUAAGAAAUGGCAACUGAUCCGGGACAAGCUCGAGCAGCUGCACUCCGGCCUAACCGCCGUGGCCGAUGGCGAUGAUUUCAACACCAAUUCAGAGCUCAACAAACUGUUGCAAGCCGUGGCAUCGACUGCAAACGAGGCCCGAGUGCUUGCACAUCGAUGCAGUGAUGAGUCCUACAAUGGCGGGAAGCUCCUCCUAAGAAGUGAUCUUGCUGUCGUCACUGCCAAGCUGGAGCUCCACAUCAAGCAGCUCACUGAAAUAUAUUCUUCUGGAAUUCUGAGGCACUCCCAAGCCAUUAUCCUGUCAAAGCCAAGUGCUGGCUCCAGCCAUGAGGACAUGAGGUUCUACGUGAAGGAUCUGUUCUCAAGACUAAAGAUUGGAGACUUGGAGAUGAGAACUAGAGCCUUGGCUGCUCUGAAUGAGAUCCUUUUGGAGGAUGAGAAAUAUGUCAGGAUUAUAGUAGUUGACAUGGAUGAUGGUGUUAGUGUACUGGUGAGGCUGCUUGAAGUGGAUAUGGGCAUCACAGAGGAGGCCCUGCUGGCAGUUUCAGUGAUCGCCGGGUUCGACGCCUACCGUGGAGCUCUUGUAACGGCUGAUGUUGUUGUACCUCUAAUUCAAAUUCUGGAAACAGGAAGUGAAUUGGGGAAGGAGAGAGCAGCUCAAGCUCUGAAGAAACUGACAGAGAAUUCGGACAACGCAUGGUCGGUCGCAGCUCAAGGAGGUGUUACCACACUGCUAAAGAUCUGUGACAAUGUCAAUAGCAGCGCAGAAUUGAUUCAGUCGGCUUGUGGCAUAUUGAAGAGCCUCAGCAGCGUCGAUGAGAUCAAGAGGUUCAUGUUGGAAGAAGGGGCAGUGUCUAUUUUUAUGAAGCUGUCAGGAUCCAAGGAGGAGGUGUUCCAAAUCCAAGCUAUAGAAUUCUUAACUGCCAUUACUUGUGAGGAUGACCCCAUCAAAGAGAAGGUGGUAAGAGCAGGGGUGGUCGAGUCACUUACCAAGAUUUUGGACCCAAAUUCUCAUUAUUCUUCAAAGGCAAGAGAUGUUGCUCUCAGGGCUAUUGAUGCAUUGUGUUUCUCAUCUCCAACUUCCAUAAAUUUGUUUAUGGCCUCUGGGUUUCUUCGUCGAGUUCUCUUCUUUUUGAGAAAUGGUGAGAUCUCCAUCCAGGAAUCGGCACUUAAAGUUGCGUCUCGUCUCUGUGGGCUGUCUCAAGAGGCUAAGAAGGCAAUGGGUGACGUCGGGUUUAUACCAGAGCUUGUAAAGCUACUUGAUGCUAGAUCUUUUGAGGUCCGGGAGUUGGCGGCCGAGGCAAUCUGCGGCAUGGUCUCAACUCAGAGAAACCGUAGAAGAUUCAUUCAAGAAGACCAAAACGUGAACCGGAUUCUCCAGCUGCUCAAUCUCGAAGAGAAGACGGUGACAAAGAAGUUCUUGCUCCCUGCUCUCAUGUCCUUAGUGGAGAGCAACAGCGGGCGGAAAAAGAUCAUGGCUUCCAAGUAUGUGAAGCAUCUAGAAAAGCUUGCAGAGACCGAUGUUACAGAUGCAAAGAAGAUAGUGAAGAAGCUUUCCGCUAACAGAUUUCGGAGUUUACUGACUGGAAUUUGGAGCUGGGUCCAGGGUACGGCCAGGCUGCUUCUCUAGUGAAAAGAUACAUCUCUAAACUGUAACAAUAUAGCUUCUCUCAUGCUAAAAAGGUGAUUGGAUGUAACGCUCGGUCAGUUGGUAACCGGUCUCGGAGGGCAACUCAAUCUUGGCUUUUCCUCAAAAGAAAAUAUUCCUUGGCCUUUCCUUCAGCAACCAUAUAGCUUGCAAGUACCAGAGAGUAUCCUACAUUCAACUGAAAUCAUGUAAUUUUAUAACUCAAUCGUAUUACAAAAGAGAUUUAGAAGUGAAUAAAUAAAUUUCUGAUGCGUUGUCUCUUCUU